AUGCACACCCCAACCGUCCUCCUCAUCGCGGCCGCAGCCAGCGCCGCCGUCGCCGCACCCGUCACCAGCAUCAAGCCUACCGACUCAACCAACACCGCCAACACCGUCACCGUCGCACCUGCCUCAGCCGGCAUGGUCGACACAGAAGGCCACUGCAUGCACCCACCGCGUGCCGCCUUCGCCGCUCUUGAUGCCGCCAUGGCCGCUGGAGAUGCAGCUACUGCUGCCGCCGCCGCUGCUGAAAUCGCCUCUGUUGUCGCUGCCGCCCAAACUGCCACUGCCCAGGCCGCUGCCCAGGCGGACGAAGAAGAGACCCAAGAGCAGUACAACAAGAAGCUUGUCAAGAUGGACAAGGCUCGUGAGCACGGUGUUGUCUGCACUGUUUUGUAG